AUGAUACAUCACACGAUCCUGGCCAUGAAACUAAAGCUGGACGCAUUAUACAAUGGUAAAAACUACCUCAUUGUCAACAAACCAUCCAAUGUUCACUGUCAACCUCCCGAUAUGAAUUUCUGGUUUAGAACCCAUCCUGAUCCACCACUCGUUUUAAUGGACAUGCUGAGAGAAAGCAACUUCCAAGAUGAAGAUGUCAGUUUAAAGCCUGUUCACAGAUUAGACAAUGUUGUAACAGGUGGAGUGUUGAUUGCUAAAGGCCGGAUGGCGGCGGCAAAUUUUUCCAAGAAUCUAAAGAAGGGUGGAAACUAUGGGUUCAAAAUGGUCAGAAAGUAUGUAGCUUUAGUGAGCAAAACGACGAAGUAUUUAGCCAACGAGGGAACCUUGAAGUCUGGUGGUAUGAUCACUCAUUAUAGAAAGAUUGAUGAGCACUGUCUAGCUCUUCAGCUCCAUACAGGCAAGAAACAUCAAAUACGCCGGCAUUUGUCGCAAGUAUUAGAUCGACCUAUUUUGAAUGACAUCACGUAUGGGGGGAUAAGAGUUGAAGGCAUAAACAACCAGAUUGCAUUACAUUCAGCGUACAUCAAGACUAAGAUUGGAUUUCAAGAGAAUCACCACAUGAUACCAAUUGUACAAGGUAAUGAUAAUCUAUGGAGUCAGUACGUAGAUCACAGGCUACAAUUUCGUCAGGACAUUCAAGAAAUCUUAGCUCAGGAUUGGGGAGUUUAA